AUAGCUGAACUAAAGAGCCUCUAUCUCAGUCAAGCAUUGUUAGCUCGUGUGUGCAUUUGACCAUGGAGGACAGCACAGAAGAAGACAUCGAGUCUCUGAUCGAGGGAAUGGCCUACAUCCCUGGCCACUUUCAUUUGGAGCUGCAUCUGAACGGUGAGCCCAGUGGACCGGCUCUUCUUCGCCACCGAGACACCCAGCUCAAGAGGGAGAGCCUGAGGGCUGAACUGGAAGCUGAGCCCGGACGAUUGCAGUAUGCUGUACGCAAUAUGCUGGGCCUGCUGGCAUUUCAUAUGGAUGAACUGGAGGUGGCGGAGGAGGUCUUUCGCACCAUCUGCACGGAGGAUCCUGAAAACCUUAAUGCCUGGGCCAACAUGGGAUACGUUUAUGAACGCAUGGGACGUGAACUCGAGGAGGGCGACUGCAUGGACCGUGUGGCUGCCCUCAUGGGCCCCGAGAUGGGGGAGAACCAGGCGGACUGCAGGCUUCGGGUGGCACGGUGUUUGGCCGAGCAGGCAUACGCCCAUCCUCAUGAUGUGGAGCUGGAGAGAGAUGAAGAAUCACGGGAGAGGUUGACAACUGCGCUGAUGUUAUACAACCGUGCACUUGAUUAUGGAGGGGAACAUAUACCAACAGAGGAAAAAAGAAGCUGGAACUUCAAAAUGGCAACAAUUUACAUAAGGUUAGACGGUAUUGUGAGGGAUUCAAAAGACAUUGAAGACACAAGAUUAAUCUAUUUCAACAAGGCCCUCAAGCUUCUCACAGAGACUAUCAAAUCUGAAAAUACACAUCUCAAAGCCCUGGGCUGGUGCUACAUAGGUCUCAUGCUGGAACGAACGGAUUUCACCACAGUGCCAAUGUCAGUUCAUGACUGUGGUUUCUCUGGAUCGGACCCGCUUACAUGCUAUGGAUCGGCCAUUAAACUCGCUGCAGAAGAUGCAUUCAUACUCAACAGGCUAGGGAACGUGUUUUUCCUGUCCGGCAAACUGGACAUGGCCACAGGUAUCUGUAACAUGGCAUUGAGCAUCCUUCCGGAUGCUGAGCUCAACUGGCAAGCCUAUUGCACACGUGCCAAGCUUGGCAUCACAAUUUACGCAAAAGAUCUGGAUAAAGCCAAGUGUGGUCUAGGUAGUCUCCCCGACCGUAAGAUUCUGAAAGAAGCUCGUGUUGACCUGGAACGUGUUUUGGCUGUCCGACCCUGUUUAAGGACUCACCUGGAGAUGGGUCAGGUUUACUACUACAUGGGUGUGGACGCCCUGCAGGAGAGGCUAUUGGUUGAUGAGAUAGCAAUAAAUCAUGCCCUGGUCAGUCUGGCAAAAGCAUUGCAGUGUCCAUUGGGCUCCACAAUCUCCAAACUACAACUACUACGUGGUCGCUGUCUGUUGCUGAAAGGAGAGGAGAAGAAUGCCAUUGACUGUUUCAAGAAGGCGCUUGAACUGGAACACCCCAGUGUCCGAGAUAUGGAGGUCCUGCGCUGUCUCCUCCAGGCAGUUCUCGUGAGCUUCACCCAAAGCGGAAGGGACACGGAUGAUGCUAUUUUACAGUUUGAGGAAUGUUUAAAUCAGGCAGAGGAGCGAUAUGGGAGGAAUAUAGUCCAAUCUGAGUUGAAGUCACUGUGCCGAGCACAUACAGAUGAGGUGACUGAGUUAUCAAGGGAUCUGGUGAGGAAGGGGAGGCUGGAGGUGGUUAAAAAGUUGCUGGAGUGCAUACAGCCACAAGGAAUAAAGUACAGACUGGGCAGGUCCAUGUCAAUAUGAAAACAGCCUGUGGAGU